AUGGCGGGCUCGGCGAAUACGGCAGGCUCCGUCGCCGAUGAGGGUCCUGGCGCUGGUUGCACCGGAAACGACGCAGACGAGGGUCCAGGUACUGGUUCCACCGGAAGCGACGCUGACGAGGGCCCAGUUUUCGGGAGCUGUGAAAGUAAUGAUAGAUUCGGUGUGAAGCAAAAUGGGUUCCCGAAAUGGCGAUUCGGGAAUUUCAAAAACGGUGAAGAGAAGGCGAGGUUUUGGCCGCAAAAAGAGAACCGAUUCCUGUCAGUGUUCACGGUGGUGACGUUUCCGAACGGAGGCUGCGCCGGCGCGUCGGGCGACAACGGCACGUGCCUGGCUGCGCGGGAGUGCAGCGCGCGCGGCGGCUCCGCCAACGGGUACUGCGCUAACGGCUUCGGGCUGUGCUGCAUCUUCAUGACAUCCUGCGGCAGCAGUACGUCAGAGAAUGGGACGUACUUCGUGAACAGCGGAUAUCCUUCGUCGUACGACGGGACUGGAUCGUGUGAGCUCACCGUCAUCAAGUCUCACCCGGAUGUGUGCCAAAUAAGGUUGGACUUCAAUCGCUUUACCAUAGCUGGCCCCGAGCCGGUCAACAACGUCUGCAACCAGGACCAGUUCAUCGUGUCCGGGGGCAACCCCGUGCCGGCCAUAUGCGGCCUCAACCAGGGCAGUCACAUGUACAUUGACGCAGGAGUCGGGUCCACGAAUCCCGUGAAGCUGACCUUCGUGACGAGUGGGGCCGCCUUCGCCAGGAUGUGGAAGGUCAAGGUCACACAGAUCCCGUGCAGCACCAUCUAUAGAGCCGACGAAGGCUGCCUGCAGUACUACACGGGCGUCUCCGGGCAGCUCAAGUCCUUCAACUACGACCCCGCGACCGGGCUGCAGCUCAGCAACCAGGAUUACGGGAUCUGCAUCAGGAUGGAGAGGAACUUCUGCGGGAUCCAGUACUCCGCCUGUCCCGACACAGUGAACAAUCGUUCUCGAGCCUUCACCAUCUCCGGCAACAGUAACGGGCCAGUGAACGCCAUGGUGGGCUCCGGAGUGGGGCCCAACGCGUGCGCCAACGACUGGCUGCUGGUGCCGUGCGCCUCCAACGUGGGCAGAGUGCAGCCUGCCCAAGCUCUCUGCACAGACCGCAUUUGCGGAGGCACCUUCUCCGCCGAGUUAUCCAUGCAGACUUCCACUGUCAUGAGCACAGUGAAGCCAUUCCGCCUGUGGUUCCACACGGAUAACAUAGAGGCGCCACUGGACAUCGGCAACAGGGGGUUCUGUCUCAAUUACAUACAGCAGCCGUGUACCAAUAACGUUAUAUAACUCUAGUAUUUACUUACAUAUGUAUUGAUAUAAGCCAAAGAGAUUGGAGUUGUAUUGUCUUUGAUCUCAGCUACAUUGUGUGCAAGUUGAGAAAUGUUUUCGAAUGUUUAAAAAAAAAAGAAAAAUUGGAUACCUAUGCCAAAGGUAGAUCCUCAAAGAUUAGGAAA